AUUGUCGUCGUCGUCGUCUUUCCAAAAAUCAAAACCCACACAUUUUUUACUGACGAAGAACGCUCAUUGACUCACAGUGAGAGAGUGAGAUGAGCAAUUCAGAUGAAGAAGAAGCAUUAUCGAAAGCUGCAAGAGCAGCAGAAGAUCUUUACCAUCUUCGAGACACUUAUUUCCCUCCCAAUCCCGAUGACAGAAUCUCUAAGUUGCAACACGCAUCCGAUCUCGCUCUUCAACUCCUCGAUUCCAUUCCUUUAGAACAAAGAAAAUCACCUAUGCAACGUGCAAAAUUUGAAUAUCUUCGAGGGAAGAUGUUGGAUGUGUUUCCUGACUACAGGAAAGAAGCUGAGGAUCAUCUAUCAAAAGCUGUUAAGUUAAACCCAUCUCUUGCAGAUGCUUGGCUAUGUUUAGGUAACUGCAUUUGGAAGAAAGGAGAUUUAUCUGCUGCAAAGAACUGCCUUAGCCUUGCCUUAAACAAGGGUCCUAACAAAAAGAUUCUUUGUCAAUUAUCUAUGCUUAAAAGAAGAAUGUCUCAAGGUGCAGAGAAUCAGGCAGAACUUGUUGAGGAAAGCAUUCAACAUGCGAAGGAAGCAAUCACUUUGGAUGUCAAAGAUGGGAACUCUUGGUAUAAUCUUGGAAAUGCAUGCCUUACAAGUUUUUUUGUCACUGGAGCAUGGGAUCAUACCAAACUUCUACAUUCUUUAAAAGCAUAUCAAAAUGCUGAAAAAGAUGAGAGAAUGAAGUCCAGUCCAGAUCUAUAUUUUAAUUGUGCCACUAGCCAGGUUGUCACGGGUUCGAUCCUCACUGCCCCCCACUUUCUUUUGUGGAAUUUUUUAGCUCAGGUUAACAAAUAUCUAGAGAACUACCAGAGGGCUCUUAGUGGAUUCGAGGCUGCUGCUUUGAAGGAUCCAGGUCUCAAUGCUGCAGAGGAGGUUCAGAAGAUAGUCAAUUUACUUGACAAGGUGGACAAUCUUUUGAGGGGACAUGUAAAAGCUAAGCGAAUGUCUUCUUUGGCAUCAUCAUUGGCUGCUGUUAAUUUGAAAUUGCCAUACAAAAGAGUUACCAUGGAUCUUCUGUCAGAGGGUCUGAAUAGGGCUCUAGCAAUAGAGGGGAAGGUGCUUUUCUUUGUUAGGAGUGAGAGUGUUGCUCCCCUAUACUAUUUGCUUUGUGAUUCAAAUCAAUCUUGCUUUGUUCUCUCUGUUUAUGGUGUACGUGAUGAUGUGAUUAAAGAAGGAGAUCAGCUAACAUUGCUUGACCCUUAUUUUCACGAUGUUGAUUUGUCUUGGAAGGAGAAGCAUUACCAGUUCAAAUCUAUACGCCUGGAUUUCUAUGAACAAGUGCUUGUAAAUGGAAAAGCUCUGACUCCUCAACAAGCUGUUCGUACAUCAAUAUAUGCACAACAUAAACCGUGAACAGACCAAUGCUAAAUUGAUAUGAGCUCUACUUCUAGCGUCUUUGGCUGUUGGUGCGUUGGUGUUGGACGCUGUAUUCAUUUAGUAAAUAUGUUAGUUGAUACAUGUACACAGAUGAAAUUCUUGCCCAAGUCUUGGGUCACAAUCAGAGAAUAGAAAAAAAAAAAAAAAAAAAAUCACUUGAGAGGAAAGAUUUGCAUUUGGUUUUCUAUAUUUGCCAUCAAGUUUUGCAUUUGUAAAAUAUUGUAGUUUCAAGACUCUUUUGUUAUCUUUUCGGAGCUUCAAGUUAUGCUAUA